UCUUCUGCAGCUUAAAGUCAACACUGUGAGGGGCAAAGUCAGUGGAAAGAAAAUCCAGUGUCAGUUUGCUGCCACAGUACCAGACUCUACUAGCACCACAACUAGAGCAGACACAAGCACUACAAGUUUCUCAAUGUCAGUCUCCACUGGAACUUACAAUGCCAGUUCUGAUGAUCUGGGGAGCCCUACUGCCAAGAUAACAACUGGUGUGGUAGACCUGGCAAAUGUUAAUGCCACCACCGACAACCAGAUUAAUUCCACCACCACCACAGCACCAUCCAACACGACUGCAGCUCCAACAACACCUGCCCCACUAGUGGCUGACACUAAUGUGACAAUUCUUAAUGCCUCUAUUACUAAAGAUAAUUGUAGCAAGACACAGCUGUGUGUUUCUCAGCCCUCUGGCUGCGACCCCUCCAGUGGGACAUGUUUCUUCCUUGGUGCUCAACAGCUGGGAGGUCAAAAUUUUAGGUUUUCACUCGCAGGACAAUCAGACGGCUACGUUGCUCUCACCCUGUCACGUAACACUACACAGGGAACCAAUGACACAACCUACAUCUGUGCAAAUAACAACAAUGUAGUCAAAUACAUAAGUGCUCUUCUGAACAACGGCAAGCUGACUCCCACAACGCUUAAAGUCAACAAUGUGAAGGGCAAAGUCAGUGGAAAGAACAUCCAGUGUCAAUUUGAUGCCACAGUACCAGACUCUACUAGCACCACAACUAGAGCAGAUACAAGCACUACAAAUUUCGCAAUGGCAGUCUCCAAUGGAACUUACAAUGCCGCUUCCGAUGAUCUGGGGAGCCCUGUUUUCCAAAUAAGAACUAAUGUGGUAGACCUGAGUAAUGUUACUGCCACCAUCACCAAUUUGAUUAGUUCCAACUCCACCAACACCACCACCACCUCUGCGGCUAAUGCAAUUACAAUCCAGCAAUCACUGAUGCAAGCUUUGCUGAUCACUGUGGCCAUCCUGAGUCUGAGCUGGCUAUAAGGAAACUGAAACCUGCCCUACAUUAACAGAUUAAAACUUCCCUAUCCAAUCAUGCUACUAUGUUUAAACUCACAGGUUUACUAUCAACAGUAUGUCCCAGACUGCUAUGAUUAAUUUUGUGUGAAAGGGUCACAUUACAAAUCAGAAGGACUGGUGGAGGGCAAUCACUUUCAUGAAGCUUUUUUUUGACUGCUUUUACAAGCAGUUAGAGAUUUUGUUGGAAUCUUUUGUAGAACUCUUUAAAACGGUGUGGUAAGAUGGGGCACAACUGAAUUAUUAAGAGUAAACGAACACAUAGUUUGAAUUAAGUGAACCACAAUCACGGCUUUUACCAGUGUGUGUAAUUUAUGCAAAUUUUGGGUCAAGAGUCUGGUACCCUUUAAACCCACAUUUUUAUUGUUAAGCAAAAAGAUUUGGUGAGUUUAUGGUUACUUUGAUUAUUAAACUGAUAAACUGUGUACAAACAAACUGCUGGUAAAUUUAUCAAGACAUUUUGCCAAAGAGCUGAAGAACCAAGAGACUUUUGUUAACCAUUGUUUGCCUUUGUCUACCCUUAGAACACCAAAAGCAAAAUUCAUUUGCUGAUGAUGACAAUGAUGCCAGCAAAUGGCAGAGGUGCAUUUAAAGAAAAUUAUGUUCUGAUAGUAUAUUUCUAUUAUAUGUUGUUGAUAUGAAUGUUGGUUGUUCAGCAGUGCCUUUACGAUGAUGCCUUCAGUGGCUGAUGUUCACAUGUGUUGCUUGCUUUUUAGCAGCUGUUCACAAAUAAUGCUAUAUUUGGUACUACUGAAGAUGCUUGUGUAAUGAUUUUGUAUUACAUGUUUAUAAUUAAAUAUUUAUCAAUAAAUUA